UUGGAAGACAAUAGUGAUUGAGACUUGGAGAGGAAACAAAAAGAGUGACAAAGAGGAGGAAAUCAAUCAAUAGCAAAAGAUCAUGUCAGGAGCACAGGGAGCGUUACCAAAGGAGUCGUUUACAGCAACGACAUAUGAGUCGGUGAAAGAUGGAGAGAACAAGACGAGGACCGAUAUUCGGUCCGUGGAGGACGAGGGUGGCAUCCAGGUUGAGAAACUCCAAGAUAAGGUGGAGGAUCCUGCUGGUCAAGGCGGACCUGUUUUUGGUGCCGGUGCUGAUGCUGGUCAAGAUGGUGACAAACCAGACUUGGGUGUCACCGGAACCGCCUAAGCUUAGCUUUAAUAAUAAAUUGGCUUAUAUAUAUAUAUAUAUAUAUAUAUAUAUAUAUAUAUGGUAUGGGUGUGUGUGAAUAUAUGUAUAUCGCUGGUAGUAUGUGUUUCUUUCUAUGUAUAAGGUGCAUCAAUAUGUGACCAAUGUUUCUUUCUAUAUAUGUAUAAAAAAUUCUAAUGUAUGUGUUUCUUUUUCAAUCUCU